AUGUCGGGGCUGAGGGAUAAAGGUGGUGUUAUUGACAGGAGAGCUGCAGCACACUGCUCAGCUCCAUCCAGGACCUUCUGGAUCAUCUUGUCUCUUGCCUUGUUCCUUGCAGUUGUCGGCAUCAGCAUCGGGGGAUUUCUCAGCUUCUCAUCCAACUCUGCCCAGGCUGGCUCGCAGCUCCUGCGCCUAACGCCUCAGGGCCAGCAAGACCCGCUGAGGAAUCAGACUGCCUUGGUGGACGAGUCCAGGAGCACCGUGACUUACUACAUAACCUCGCAGAGCAACCACACGGCCGUGGUGCUGUAUGACAGCAGGAACGGCUACGUGUGCUACAAGCCCAUGGAGCAGCGUGUGUGCUACCUGCGGAGGAUGGACACCUGGGACCUCCAGACCCUACAGACAUCACCCAGCACACCUGAGCAGAGGGCUGAUCAGCUACUACAGAAUAACCAAACCAAGUACUACCGGGAGUUCCUGGGCAUUCUGGCAGGUGAACAGGUGGACCCCAGAAGCCUGGGAGAGGCUGUCCAGAGCCUGUGUGAGCAGACAUCCAUCUUUUGGGUCAGGAGAGGGAAAGGUCCAGGGAAGCAGCGGCUGAUCUACCUUUGCAUUGACAUCUGUUUUCCAAGCAACAUUUGUGUGUCUAUCUGCUUCUAUUACCUCCCUGAGUAAGCCCUGCAGCUGCAGAUGCCCUCUCACUGCCCUACAUACUUGAACUGAAUUCCUGAAAAGCCUCUGAUUUCCACAAGGAAGGUAACACCUACAAGUAUCCCCCAAAGCUGCCCGCUCAUUUCGUGCUGCAGUUCAGGAGUUUACAGGACUCUGCUCAGCACUCUCAGUACAGACAUUUGCAGCUCUGCUGCAGGGCUGCAUCUUGUACGUAGGUAUUAGGAGAUCCAAGCCUAGAGGAGCCCAGUGGAAUAGCUAGUGUUUUAUGGCUACCUGCCCUGCUCAACACAAGGUUAUUAAAUUCGUUGGGGCUGGUUGGCUUUGUAAGAGUGUAGCUCUUCAAGCGAGUCUGCAAAGUACACUUUGAAUAAAGGGAUUGCAAACCAAGAAA